AUGUCGCCGUCAUUGUCGUCGGCGUCUGCGCCCUCAGCAUCCGUCUCGCCCUCGGGACUCUUCAUGGCCCUUUUUGUGCGUCUCCAGGCUCAGAAGCCACAGACGCCGGCUUCGUCGAAGUAUUGGGCGCGGCUGGCAUGUUCCACACGGUCCAGGCACCGCCGUCUCCCCGAUUGCCAUUUCCACCUCGCACGGCAAGUCCUGGUCCCGGCGGCCGCAAAAGACGGUGCCAACGAGAUGAGAGUCGAUGUACCCGUUGCAAGUCUCACAGUAGGUGAUGUGGAACCACAUGGUGCACAUCGUAGUAGUUGA